AUGAGACACACCGCUGAUAAUUUGUACGAAGUUCUCGUACAAACAGCUCGAACUUGGCAAAUUAGUUCCAAGAUACAUUGUAUUGUUAGUGACAAUGGAAGUAAUAUUGUAGCGGCAAUAAGGAAAGCACCAUGGCAACAGCUGUCUUGCUUCGGGCAUACAAUAAAUUUAAUAGUACGUAAGGCUUUAAAGAACAGCGAACAUAUCUGCAACAUUAUCAAAAAAUGUGAAAAUAUAACAUAUUUCUUUAAAAGCAGUAAUGCUGCUUCUGAAUUAUUAAGAAACCAGCAAAUCCGACAAGGAUCGCGUAAAGUUUUAAGCUUGAAAAGGGAUGUUAUAACAUGGUGGAAUUCCACUUGUACAAUGCUCAUCCGUUUUAUAGAAUUAAGAACAGUUUUACCGACAACUAUCGCAGAACUCAAUCACAAGAGUGUAGAACAUUUGACAUUCGAGGAAUGGGAAAAUCUUAACGAUAUUACGAACAUUUUAAAACCGUUUUGUCAGGCAACUAUAGAAUUAUCCGACGAAAAUUAUAUAACGAUAUCCAAAGUUAUGGUGAAGGCUGUAAAAGACCAGGAAAAUAUAUCAACAGAUGUUCAAAUUUUACGUACGAAUUUAUUGAAUGAAUUAAAUUAUCGUUAUAAAGACAUUGAAACACAUCCUACGUAUGCAAUUUCUACGAUUUUGGAUCCGCGAUAUAAAGAUAUUGCGUUUGAUUCAAAAGAAUCCAUUAAAAUAGCGAAAAAUAAUGUGAUAAAUGAGUACAAUAUUAAUCAAAACAAUUGCAAUAUGCAGCCAGGAAAGAGUAAUAGUCCUUUAACAACAAAUGCAGAUGUAAAUGAUAGUAUAUGGGCAGAUUUCGAUAAGAAAGUGCAAAAUGUAGAAUUUACUACUGACAGCAAUCUUUCAUCAAUAAAGUAUGAAUUGAAAAGAAGAAACAGACUACAGCCGAAACAUACAAACAUGCUGUCUGCAAUUAGCUCCAAUAAAAACAAAUAUAUUUAA